CUGCAGGUGGGCGCCUGCAUCGUCAACCCGGAGAACAAGAUCGUGGGCAUCGGUUACAACGGCAUGCCCAACGGCUGCGACGACGACCUGUUGCCAUGGUCUCGGUCUGCUAACGACCAGCUCGACACGAAAUACCCUUACGUGUGCCACGCAGAGCUGAACGCCAUCAUGAACAAGAACAGUGCAGAUGUGAAGGGAUGCACCAUGUAUGUGGCUCUGUUUCCGUGCAACGAGUGCGCCAAGCUGAUCAUUCAGGCCGGACUUAAAGAAGUGGUUUAUCUCUCUGACAAAUACCAUGAUACACCCGGGAUGACAGCUUCCAGAAGGCUGCUCAGCAUGGCAGGAAUACUUUACAGGGAGUUCAAGCCCAAGAGGACCGAGAUUGUCAUUGAUUUUAAUUCUAUCAACCACGCUGGGAUCCAGAACCCGUCGACCAAGUAA